AUGAUUCGCUUAUCAUACUGGGUAACUCCCAUCCUCGCCGGCCUCGUCUGGCUUGCGACUCUCUUGGCUCUCCUGCUCUAUUGGAUCGUCUCUGAGAACAGCGUCCACUACUCUUCCAUGUCCGAGUUCCAACGGAUCGCCUACAUCAGUGACAUUGGCGCAUCCGACCUGAAACCACUCAUAACCCACCCAGGCUACCGCGAGCACCGCAUCUUGCGCCUCUCCUUUUGGAUUAAGCUCACCUUCGUCAUCAUCGAGGUGCUGCUGGCCAUCGCAUUCGUCUCCUGCACCUUCACCCGCCACUACAACGCCGGCGCCGUGCUCGAGUGGGUCAUCGCCUUCAUCUUCUCCGCCUACGUCUUCUCCUUCUACGUCGACCUGUACCCGGCCGCCGCCACCAAGCACGCCCCGCAUCCCUUGCGUCCGGGCAAGCAGCAGCACCAAGAGAAGCAGCUUAGUGGUGGUGUUGGUGGUGGGGUGCCGACGGCGGCGGCGGCGCCCACGAUGCGUCUGACGCGCGGGGAUCGGGAGGCCCUGCCUCGGCCGUAUAGCGCGGCGGGGGACAUGGAGGAGGGGGCGUCGAGCGAGGCGACUCUGAAUGGGGCUGCUGUUGCUGCGCCGGGGAAUGGGGCGUCGUUUGAGGCCGUCAGGGUCGCGCAGGGGAGGAGGUCCGGGUCGAGGAGUCGCGCGUUGGCGAGUAACUUUUAG